AUGGAGGAAAGCUUGUUCAUAAAUCUGGAUGGGAAUAAAAACCUUUUGGACUUUAUCAAAAAAUACGAAGAAAGGUUAAAGCGAGAAAACAGCACCAACGUGGUUUUCUCGGGGAAUUGUCAAGAGGAGAUACACCAAUUAGAGAACGGUGGGAAUGAACAAAAUGGAUCCACACAACCAAUUGAGCAGAACAGACAAAACGAGGUAAAACCAAGGGGUGGAAAAAAGAAUUCCUUCAUCUCCGAAAGUGACAAAUUGCACCUGUUACAAUGCCUCGGCAGAGCUAGUUUCUCCAAAGAAGGAACAUUGCAUGAUUCUAUAAAAAAAGAAAAUAUCUUUCGGUACCAUUCAUUCUGUAUAAAUGGGGGGGAGAAGGUCACGAUGCAAAGGGGAGAGAAAAUUGCUCUCCAAGGGAGAAGCCAUGUCUCUUCGCAAAAACUAAGUGCAGCGAGGGGGAACCACAGGAUGGCCAGGCAGUGGCUCAGAUCUCAACAGAGGAUCACCAAGUUGGUGUCCAAAAAAAUAUCACCGGAGGGGCCAAAGGGAGAGCUAUCGGAAGAGUUGAAGGAAAUGCCCAAGGAGGAAGAUCCUUUGAAAGUGAAGAAAUCAGGCGAGGAUAGCUUGAAGAAACUCGGCCCAUUGAUCCCCCUCAGGACAAAAGACACACCAAGGCAACACGGUGGAUGCUUACAUGUUCAUAAAAAGGAGCUAGACACCCAAAGGUUGGCCGGAAGUAACGAAAAAAUAAGAAAACACAAAAAAAAUAUUCUCCAUACUCUUCAAAACAAUAAUUCCUCCCGCUCAGUACAAAUCUCAAAAGGGAAAAAAAAAAAACAAGAAGAUUAUUUUAAAAAUAAUUCCGCAAUAGAUUUAGUACCUUCUGCUGUACAUGGAAAGAAGAGCUCUUGUAAUUUGUUCCGCCGAGGGGGAAAUCCUUCAAUGACUAAAACUGUGCAUUCAACGGAAUGGAUGAAGAAGACAACAGACCGGACAACAGACAGGACAACGGAGAGGACGACGGAUCGGACGAGAGAGGGAUUUCCUCGGGGCGCAGGGUUUAAACUCCAAAGGGGUCGUGCUCUUGUUGGGAGACCAAACUUGGUUGGCGCCCACCGCAUCAACUGUAGUACUGGUAACAUCGGAAGGGGACCACAUCGGAGUAGGAAAGAGAAAUGGGAAAAACCAUGUGAAGAGGAAAAGAAAGAGCAUCUGUCACCUGAUGAACAGAAUAGGCACGCAAGUACCUCACACGUCGAGAUUGAUCAUUCUUUGGAAAACUCUCUUAUCCUGACGGUAUCAUCGUCGUCAACUUCUCCAUCGUUAUCAUCAUCAUCCUCCUCCUCCUCUUCAUCUUUUUCAUCUUCUUCCUCCUCGUACAAUGUGAUUUAUUCUGUCUCAUCGUACGACAGGGAGGAAAGGAGAAAAAUCUCCAGGGCUGUGAUAUCUGGAGAAGAUGACCACAGGGGUGGAGACACGGAGGAGACGACACAUCAUUGUACAGGUGUGCACGGAGAAGUGGUAAAGGUGAAAAAAAAAAUUUCUCGUUUUAUCCCUCCUGAAAUGGAUACGCCGAAGGAGGAAGAGUUAAGGAGUGAUAAGGGAGAGGGGAGCCCCGUUAAUGCGAACAUAUCCAUUGCAGAAAAAUACAUUGCAGAAAAAUACGUUGCAGAAAAAUACGUUGCAGAAAAAUACGUUGCAGAAAAAUACGUUGCAGACAAAUACGUUGGGAGGGAGAACGAUGAGGGAGAUGACCACGUUGAUGUUGAGGAUGACGGAACCAAGGAGGCCAAGACGGUUCGAAGGAAAAACGGAAAAAAAAAAUCCAAAAGAAAGAGCGAAAAAAAGAGCAUCGCAAUCCAUGGAAAGACAGAACCUGUUGAUCUCCUCGACCAAAUCGACCCGGUGGAUGAAAUGUGCCACAUCGUUCGGUACAAAAAGGCCAUCUCAAAACUGAAGAAGAAAAUUUUAAACGGAGUAAAAAGAAUUAGAGAGAUUCAUACAGUCAGGAGAACAACAGGAACAAAUGCAGGGGAACAUCCCGGAAGAGAGUUCGUGCAGUUUAUUAGGAGGGCCAAGAGGGCGUUGGAGGAUCGGAAGGCAGAGUCAACCAUUGGAAAGACGCCUGCUUCAGGAAGACGAGAUAAGCCAAAGGGAAGAGACGAAUCUGAAUCUUACUCACGCGAAGACACAUGCGAACUAUUCCUGCAAAGAAACAAAAACGAAGCGAUGAUUAAAAAAUACCUAGAGAGGAAGAUGCAGCUGAUCAACCAUAUCAAAAAAUAUAUUUUGAUUUACCAGAGGAAAUACGAGAAAGAGUGUCUACAUAAAAGGAGAAGAGACAAGGGGGAAGGAAAAGACAGUGUAGGAAUUUUGUUGAAGGGGGAAGAGAAUAAUCACGGUGUGGUUAAAAAGGAGGUGGAUUCAGAGGAAAAGAAGAAAGACCAAAGGAAAGACCAACAUGAGGUGGGUAUGAAGGAAGGGAAUUGUUCUCCCAUUGUUAGUCUACAGCAGGGGGAAGAACUCCAAAUGGUUGUCACUCCUCUGUUAAGCGAACCUGUGCGGAGGAGUUCGCACGGGUGCUACUUCCAGAAGACAGACUCAGCGCCAAAGGAGCCAUUCAUAGAAUCCCAUGAUGGAAAUGAAUCCUUCCUCUCCACACAGGAGGAGGUAAACGAAAAUGCAAAAAAUGAAAAAAUAAGAAAAUUAAAAAAAAAAGAAAUAAACCUUAAAGAUGAUAACGAUAUCGUCAAAGAGAGAUUUUUACCUAAUCAAACGAUUGAAUGUAAAUUGUUUCAUCCUGGAGAAUUUUCUUCUCAACGAGUGAAGGAGUUCCUCAAGGAAAAGGAUAUCAAAACGAAGGAAUUUGAGAUGACAAAUGGAUGGAGUUCCAUCGUAAGGAGUUCCCUUUUCCUCUCCCAUUGUGAUACCCUAAAUAAAACAAAGCGCAAAAUUAAUGCAAUGAAAAGCGGAAAAAUGUUUCUAUGUUCCAGUGAGAACAAGACACCCCGUUCAGUUCGACUCAAAAAAGAUGGAGAGAUGAAAAUUGCACCGAACGUUAGGUUGGAUCUUCUGGACAACUGCGCGGCGAUUUUUUCCUUUUUGAGGAACCAACUUAGGAGGGUAAAUUUGGCACUCACAGGUGGACGCUUCAUCGGGGAGAACAAUUCCACCUCGACCACCUCCUCAACGAAAUUUCCUACAACAAAAAGGGUAGAGAAUAAACGGAACUAUCUGCGCAUUUUACGAAGAAAAGUAAAGAGACAUCUAGAGGAACUACGAAGAAUGAAGAUUGUAGCAUUCAUCCUUUCGGUUCUCCCUGAUAGAAGCAAUUCCUCCUGCACACGAACCUGCAGUGUGAAGAGAGUAGAGACACCGAAUAUAUCCGCAAUGCGCGUAGGAAGAUCGCACAUGUCUGGGAAUCAUGGAAAACUCCUAAACUGGAUUGCACCACUUCCUGCGGUACGCCCAGUCAGGUGUAGAGUCUCCACAAACGUUUUCAGAAGACGCAGAAAAGAGAAAAUUGAGGAUACCUCAUGA